AUGAAGAAAUAAAGAUCAAGAAAGAGUUUUUCUUUGAAUGAUUCUAUUGAUGAGGAUAGAAGAAAAGAAGAAAUAAUUCAAAAACUAUUGGAAAGCAGUACAAAUUUAUAACCAAAGAAAUUGGCAACAAUCAAAUUUGAUUUAGAAGAAAAUGAGAUGCCAGUAGCAUAAUAAAUAUAAACAGAAAAUACAUAAUCAAAGAAUUAAAUAUUUAUUGAAUAUUUAACUCCUUCUGUUGUCAAAAAUAAUUUAGAUAUGGUAAAAGAAAAUCUUCAUAUUGUUAUUGAAGAAAGAAUAGAAGAUUCAAAAUGUCUUAAUUGGUCUUAAUUAAUUAUAGAAUUCAUAAAGGUAAUUGCAUUUUUCAAUGUCCUUCUUCAAUAGACAUGUUCAGGGUACUUUAGUAUGUGGUUUUAUUUGAUGUUUGUACAUGAUGUAAAUUGAAUUUCUUUAAUGAGAUCAUAGAAAUAGGAAUUACUAUUAAGAUUGUUAACGUAGUAUCAGCUAAAUAUGAAAGUAGACUUUCAAAGAAAAGACCUACUGUAAUAAAAAGAGAGUCAAAAUAUCCAAUGGCUGGAAGACAUUCGUAUUAUGGAUAAUUAUUAAAAGAAAUUGAAAAAUGGGAAAAUACAGUAUCAAUAUAAAAUGAUCCAUAACCUACUAGGGUUAUUUAAUAUGUUAAAUUGCAUUAAUACAAUGAAUUGUAUAAUAUUGUACAAUUAAUUAGUUUCUAUUUAUUGUUAAUUCUAUGGGGUUUAUUAUUAUUGGGAACUUAAUGUUAAUCUGAUAUUAUAAUGACUACUUUUCAUGGAUUCAUCUUAUUAGGAAUAAUAACAUUGUCAUUAAAACUUAUAUAUUAUCUAUCAUUUAAAUUUUGUAUAAGUGCAGUUGUAAUGAAUUACUUAAUGUUUGCAGAUAAAAAUUAAUAAAAUAAUGUAAUGAUCAUUUUUUAAUAAUAAUUAAGGAAAUUAUAGCAAAUAUACCUAAGCAAAUGAAAAAGAAUUAUGACUUUGAAAUUUGUUAUCUUUGUUCUUAAUAAAUAAAACAAAUGACUUCUUUUGUUGAUUUACCAUGUAAUAAAAUGUAAUAUAAUUAUAAUAUUAAAUUAGGCAUCGUUUUCAUGAAAAAUGUAUUUUAAAAUGGUUAUAAACACAUCUCUUUUGUCCAGUUUGUGUUGAACCAAUUGAUUUGAUGAAUGUAUAAAUGAGAGUACUAGCUUGA